AUGAAUAUAGCUAUGUUAGGGAAAAAAGUUAGCGAAUACAUUGAAGGCACUUCAUCCCUUUUGGUAGAAGUUUUGUCUGCCCGAUUUGGCAGGGGGUACGAGGGGAUCAAAAGGUCCAAGAUUCAGUCUUCUUCUGUCUGGACAACAAUGAGGAGGUUGUUUUUCAUCAUAGAGAGUGGUUUCACUUACAUGAUGGGUAAUGGGGAGACCAAUUUCUGGGAGGCAAUUUAUCUUCAAGGCAAACCCAUCAAAUGCCUUGUUGAUUAUGUGCAUAUAUCUGACUCUGACGAAUUUUGUCAUCAGAUGAUUGUUAAUGGGAGGUUUGAUAUUCAGUCGUUGCACACGACUUUCCCAGCACAUAUUACUAAGGCCCUGAAGGACAUUCGGAAUCUCUAUCUUCACCCUUCAGUGCCAGACAUGUGGUGCUGGUCUGAUGGUAGUAAAGGGACAUAUUCAGUGGCGUCUUGUUAUGAGUGGCUGCUAAAACAUGGUGCUAACCCGAAUACGUCAUCGUGGAAAAGGAUUUGGAAGCCCGACGUUUGGGCCAGGUUAGUUCAUUGCGGAUUUCCCUAUCGACUGGCCCAUACAAUUCCCUGUGACAUCCAAGUUCUGGAAUUCAUCGUCCAUGCGCCGACGGUUAUGCGAUUUGCCUUUUGGUUUAUUUGGCUGGAAUGGAAUAACAGGGUGUUCGGAAAUUCUCCUAAUGCUCUCUUUGUUGUAGUCAAGGAAAUACUAUCGUUCUUCCAAUGGUGGAAGACGACAUGGACGCGGGCAGAUAGGCUCAUGGAUGGUCCAUCCGGCUUUGGAGCUGUCCUACGCAAUCACGAGGGGGUGUGGAUCGAGGGCAAUUCAGGAAACAUAGGUAUCACAGACAAUACUCUGGCCAAGGUGAUUGCAAUUCUCGAAGGGUUAUCUUUAGCAAUGGCUCGGCAGUGUACAGCUCUUACCUGUUACUCAGAAUCGCAAGAGGCUCUCCGAUUGGUUAACACGACAUCCGUAACAAAUCAUGUUAUGGGGGGACUGAUCAUGAACAUCAGGGACAAGAUUAGUUCGAUUGAGAAUAUACGGUUUUUCCACCUCUGGAGAGAGAGAAAUUCCGUUGCAGAUCUCUUGGCAAGGAGAGGAGCCAAGGAGGAAGCUUUCUUCACUACUUGGGCUUUUCCCCCGGACGAUUUACUCACACCGUUGGCUAAGGACGCACCUAUGUUUCCUUACACGCGCUUAUAG